AAAUUAGUCAGCUAACUUCAGCUUCACUCCGUUGUCGAGCCUUAUCGAGAAAAAAAAUUGUCAUUAAAAAUCAUGAAAUCUGACAUUUCGCUGGUUGAGCAUUCAUCAUCUCUCGACACAUUGUCUUCUUCUGAUGAUAACAGGAUUGUUGUUGCUUCAGACAAAUGCGUCUAUGUUUUGGAACAGACCAUCAACACCUCUUUCAGACAUGACUUUCUCUGCUUAUCCAAGGAAGUUUUAAAGGACAACAAAGAAGAUCGUCAGCACUAUGACGUCGGAGUUGACACCAACGAGAUCAAGAAGCUACCGAGAAGAUCAUAUUCGCGGCAAAAGUUCGCAUUGAAUAGAUUACUACAUGAUGAUAAGGUAUCGGCCUACUCAGAGAGAUUCUUGGCUGCCAAGCUUUCCCCAGUAUGUGAUGGCAAUGACAGGAGCAUCCUGGCAACAUUAUCAAAUAAUAACCAUGUUGUAGUCUACUUCAAAAGAAAAGGACAUUGGAUAAAGGUGGAAAAUAUAUCUGACAAAUUAUACGAAUAUGCUAAGAAGACAAACUUCACAUUGAGAACUGACGACAAAACGGUUGAAGAAGCAGAGACAGAUCAGAGCACUAACUUUGAGGAAUGCCAGAGGAGAACAAAAAGUGUGACAAUUACAGGUUUGGAGUGGUCUGCGGUGUUUCAUUCAUCCUCUGCAAAGCCCCAGCCAGUGAGAGGCAAGCGAGGUGCUAAGAGGAAGCACACUGAUAGUGAUGCAGAUUCCAACUCCAACAGUUUUGUUCUUCUGGCAACGGCUCUCAAAAGCAACCAUCUUAUCCUGUGGAAGUUUCAAUGCCCUGUCAAUGAGAAGACCACAUCAAAGAUUGCUGAAGUCAUGCAUACCAAUUACCCUAAGACAACCAUGCAUUGGUUUGAUGGUGAGAGAAAUGAUAAAGCGUACUUGGCUACUGGUGGUUAUAAUGGGUUGAUCACUGUAUGGAGUGUCUCAACAGAGGGCAGUGUGACUUGCAGAAGAGAAGUGGACAUAUGGGAGGAGAAAGACGAUAUACCGGUUCAAGCAAUAACGUCAGUUCAAUCACUCUGUACUGGUGAAUCUUACGUCCUCCUUGCUGCCAAAGGCCCUUUCGUUUUUGCCUUCCAGAUGAGGUUUGUUGAUGGGAACAUGAAAAUUACAAACCAGUCCCAUACACUGACAUUACAUAAUGCUCUGGUUUCAGGUAUAUGUAACGUCAGAGAUAAAAUGUGCACCUCAUCAACAGAUGGCAGUAUACAGGUUGCCAAAGUCAAGCAAGAUAAUGAUGGCAUCUCAUUAGAUCUUCAUUUGCUGGAACCCCCUAAGUGCAUGACAAAGAUUAAUGGGAUCUGUGCAUCAAACAAUGGCAUCUACUUGACUACACAGAAGAGGCUUUCUAGUUAUGCAACUCUGAAAGAGAAAUCCAACCUGACCUUCAAACAGAUAGCAACAGAUCAGGAGGUUGAGGAUAUACUUAUGGAACCUCAAGGCAGGCUAUGCAACAAGUUUGACUGCCUUGACUGGUUGUACCAAAGAUUGCCUCCAGAUGGCAGCAUUCAGAAUACAACCAAAGCCAUCCUUUCUGAAGAGACAUUAGUCAACAAGACGCCGGGUGAGAUUUUGUAUCUGUUGAAGCUGAGACGUCUGGUUGUGAUGAUGAUCCUCCACAGGCUAUCCAGGGAGUUGUACAAUUACCCAUUAGGGAGGAAGAGAGAUGACCUCGAUGAGAUUAUUCAGACAAAGGAAACCCAUGUGAAGGAGAUCUCAGAUCGUAUUUUCAAGCUGCAUGUAGAGAUAAGCUUGGAAACUCUAUCUUCAGGUGGAGGGAAGAAAACGAUCACAGGAAGGACCAAACGUGUGCAAAAGCUAAUGUCUGAUUGGCUAGUGCUCAGUUCAACACCCUCCGAAGAACCAAUCACAGCAAACGGCUCAUUAGAAAGGGAAACAUGCGAGAGUUGCAGAUUGUGUGGAGAGAGUAUUCCGCUUACAUCUCGAGAAGAUGGCUUCUGUCGGAAGGGACAUAGAUGGAAUCGUUGUAGCCUCUCUCUGUUGCUAUGUCAGUCAAUGAAACCAAGAAGCUGUGCUUAUUGCAAAAGUUCUUAUGCAUCCAAGGAAGAAACAGAUUGUGCCUGGCUUCGUGAUCUCCUAAGCUCAUACUGUUUGUGGUGCGAUGGACCCCUAAUUGAAAGAUGACAUCAUCAAUCCAUGAAAAUACACUAUUUUGUGCUUAUUUUACGUAUUCAUGUUCAUUUUCAGUAAACUGUACUGUAAAGAUGUAUACGUUAUAGUUAAAGCUGAAGUCCACACAAAAUACGAGUUGAAAUAAUAGAAACGCAACUACUCAUGCAGUUCAUAUUUUGUUAACUUCUUUUAUUUAUUUGCAUUGUAAUCAGGAAUUGAAGAGUAAUAAUGAUUUUUACAGCCAAUUUGACAUAUACCCCAAAGGGAUAGCUCAAUAUGUCAAAUUAAUCUUCAAUAUUGUCAAAUAAAUCCAGAAAGUACUCAUAUAUUAUUCUGCAUGGAUAAAAUUAUGUUUUGAUAUGUGUGACAUUCCUUUCAUGCAUUCUUGUGAAUUUUCUGUACAAGAGCAACAGCAGAAUUUAUGUACGAUCAAUCUCAGCAAUGGGCUCAGAUGACUCCACAUGUACCAGCUCAGCAUUAACACACACCGAUUCGGUUGUGCAGGCAAAAGGAAUUCCAAUAGUAUUUA